AUGGCGACCAACGGCAAGAACGUUUUCCUUAUAGGACCAGGCUACAUCGGCCUAGAGAUCAUCGACCGCCUACUAGAAAAUGGCUACAAAGUCUCAGCAAUGACACGCCGGGACGAUGCUGCGAAAGAGCUCCAACAAUCUGGCGUCAAACCAGUGAUGGGCAGUCUCUCAGACAGCUCCACCGUCCAACAAAACACCGCAGCGAACGACAUCGUCAUCCACUCCGCCACAGCAGACGACCUCCCCUCUGUCGAAGCAGUCAUCGCAGGCAUCGACCAGCGAGCAAACGAAGGGAAGCACACGAUCUACAUCCACACAUCCGGCUGCUCCUUCCUAAGCGACGACUCCAAUGGCGAGUACCAGUCCGACAUGAUCUACUCCGACAAGGAGCCGAGAAAAAUGGACGCCCGUCCAGACAGUGCCUCUCACCGCGGCAUCGAUCUGGCCAUUAUCAAAGCCCGCAACCGUCUAGGUACCAGAGCCAAAAUCUUCCUCAUGCUCCCACCCCUCAUCUACGGCGCAACGAAACACAACCGCUUGUCGAUUCAGAUGAUCACCAUGGCCCGCUUCGCCAUCAAACACAAAUACGCUGGCUAUGCUGGACAAGGAAAGUCGGUUUGGGCGCCUAUCCACGUCGCCGAUUUGUCUCGCGGGUACCUGACGUUGCUGCAAUGGCUUGAAAACUCUCCACCACAGACAGCACUAGAGCACCCGUACUUCUUCUGCGAGAACGGACAAGAGCUCUCCUGGUCCGAGAUCGCAGCCAUCAUCGGGGACGAGCUAAAAGCAAAGGGCAUCAUCUCUGAUCCCACACCAAAGCAGAUUCCAGAGAGCCAGUAUGAAGACUUAUUCGGCAUGUACACGAACGUGGUCAUCGCGCAGAACUCCCGGAACAGAGCCGAGAGACUGAGGGAACUGGGGUGGAAGCCGGAGCAUUUUAGUGUGAGGGAUGCGUUCAGGGACGAGGAGUUGCCGAUUAUUUUGAAGGAUGAGGGGGAGUUUAGGGGGUAUGCGAAGCCGGCGGCUUCGGGGUCGGGAUGA